CAAAUGAGACUCUGCUUAUCUGGAGGAAGUCUGCAUCCGCUGUGCUAUAAAAGGCAGGACUGGCAGAAGGACAGACAGAGGCUCUGCAUGUCUCACUCAGCUGUGGUGCAAGAUGGCAAAAGUUCUUCUCAUAUCGGUUCUGCUCGUUUUCAUGACUUGGUGUGGCACGCAUGGCAAUGAAGGUGCGUUCUCCUUCCACAUGGAUGACGUAAUCCGAAUCGUGGAGGACCUGGAGCGUUUGAGCCCAGAGCUGGAGAUCCUCGAUGCUGUGGAGCUCCUACGCUCAGCGGGACACUAUGACAGCGCGUACCUUCGACUCCUGCUGGGAGACGGGACGAGGAGCGACCGCAAGCCUGAGCCUUCAGAGCUGAGCCAGGAUCAAACACACUUCAUCAGCAGCCUCCUUCACCACGAGGUCUCGGGGGCCAGGGAGGGAGGGGUGGUCUUGACUCCAGAUGGGACUUCGGUGGCUGUCGCCCCUCUUCUCGUUGGCAUAGAGGCUGGGCUGAAACGGAAGAGGAUCGCCCUUGAAAGCAUAGACGUCCUGUACGCAGCGUCCCUGGCGAAACAUUUAGGCUUGUCCUUCGUUGGUCACCACAGGAGGCAGAACAGCGAGCGUCUGGGGCCGGACGGCUGCUGGGAUGACGUGAAGACGCCCCGGGUUUUUACCCUGAUGGGGGACCCUUCUCCAGCCACCGACGCACUUAUUAACGGAGCACUGGAUGGCAUGAUUUUGGGGGACCAGCUUUCGAAAGAGGGCAAGCCCAUCGUACUGAGUGCCCUGCUGAAGAGGUAUUAUCGGUACGGGGCUGAGGCAGCAGCAGGAAGCUCUCCCGGAGUGCAGAGUCAUUUUAGACGAAGGAAUUUCGCAGCGCUGGUCAGUAUGCCAGUCCUGCAGGAGCAGACAGUGAAGUCCCUUAUUCUGUACCGGGAGCUCAGCAGCCUGCCGCCCCUGGAAGACAAUCUCAUUGAGGGGAUGGUAAGAGAAGGACUGCAGGACUUCCAGCAGAGGUACCUUGACUGCCCCCCGGUGAUCCCACGAUGUAUGUGGGGGGCUCAGCCAUACCGGGGUACCCCCACAAACCUGACGCUGCCCCUGAGCUUCCUGUACAUCCACCACACCUACCAGCCAGCCCAGCCCUGCACAACCUUCAGCCAGUGCGCUGCCGACAUGAGGAGCAUGCAGCGCUUCCACCAGGAGGACCGCGGCUGGGACGACAUCGGAUACAGCUUCGUGGCGGGUUCUGACGGCUACCUGUACGAGGGUCGCGGGUGGGAGUGGCAAGGUGCCCACACCAGAGGGCACAACUCCAAAGGCUACGGCGUGAGCUUCAUCGGCGACUUCACCUCUGUCGCCCCGGACGCCUCCACGCUCGCCCUCGUCAGGGACAGCUUCACCAAGUGCGCGGUGCAGGGGGCGCGCCUCGUCCCCGACUUCACCGUGCACGGGCACCGGCAGGUCGUGAAGGGCACCUCCUGCCCCGGGGACGCGCUCUACUCCGACGUAAUGACGUGGAAGCACUUCAAGAUGAGCGGGGCGGGAAUUCGUGGCUGGCGGUUGGGCUCCGGGAAAUAUUCCAUGAGAAUUUAAGCCCUGGUUGCAGUGCUGAUCGUCAACUGGACCGCGAGCGUAGGGUUGAAACGCUCCACCAGGCCGUCACUCUGCGGGUGGAAGGGGGUCGUCCGCGUUUUGUGGAUCCCCAGCAGCCGGCACAUCUCCGAAAACACCUGGGAUUCAAUGUUCCACCCCAGGUCAUUGUGGAGCUCCUGGGGCACCCCGAAUCGUCUGAAGAACCCCUUCAGCAGUGCUUCAGACACUAUCCCCGCUUCCUGGUCGGGCAGCGCGUAGGCUUCAGGCCACUUAAUAAAGUAGUCGAGGGGAACCAGGACGAAUCAGUUCCCCCUGUCCGAGCAGGGGGAGGGGGUGGAGACGGGCCAAGGAUUUCGACCCCAAUACUCUCCAUUGGACCGCUGAUGGGAAACUGAUGGAGGGGGGCGUACGACCGAUCCGAGGGUCCCUUGAGGGCUGUGCGGUUAUCUCAGCACAGACUGCAGUAAAGAUAAAGCAAUGUGGGCCGUGGUUACACAAAAAUAAAAGUGUGUACAACAAUUAGGGGUCUUGCUCUCUCACCAGUCCCAAACCAAAAGAGAACGUUUUCAGCGAGUCGUCCCCCUUAAAAAACUUUUCCAUAACAGGUCUCUCCCUAUAACCAGGCUCCCCAUUGAUCCAAAACAGUCCUGCCGCUGACAUCACAGACGCAGUUACAGUUCGGGGGCUGCAGCGAGAGCAUGCAGGACCCCCAAGUUACCUGACCCACCUGGUUUCCCCAGUUCCGCCCAGCCGGCGUUACAGUAUUAUCACUUUCCGUUCAGGGGUAUUAUUACACAAGGUAUUUUGUAUGACGCACAGUAGUAUUAUUUUCGGCCUAUCGAUAUAUUACUGUAGAAAUAAUACAUGCAAUGUAAUCCUGUGAUGUCGAUAGAAUCACUGGACAACGGUGAACUAUCAAUCAAAAACGAAUGAAUGUCUAUGUCAGCUGACAACUUGAGAACUCUGAGUGUAAGCAAUUACCAGUGCAUCACAUAGCAACCGCCACGCCCACUUCCGGGUGUUUGAAAAAAAGUAUUUUAGUCGUUUGUGAAGAUCUUAUAUGUGAUUACAGUAUAUUAUAUCAUGCAG